AUGGCGACCUCCAGGAGCAGUUCCCAGUGGCCGAAGCGUUCCUCUCUCCAGGGAAGCUUGAGCAAUUCACGACCUGGAGCUCAGUCGAUGAUGUUGCGCUCAGAAAAAGAGUACAGGUCUUCUUUUCCCAUGGGGCAGAGACCGAAAGAUCCUUACUUGAGAGCCUCCUCCUACCUGCUCCAGCAGCUCAUUCACAGAUAUCAGGAGUCAGACGCAGACGGAGACGAGAGCCAGGGCGAGGAAGAAGUGGAAUCCGAGGAGUCCUCAGAGUCAGAGAUGCAGAAUUUGGAGGAGGAAUUUGAUGGGGUCCUGAGAGAGGAGGUCGUGGCGGAGGCACUCUACCAAUUGGGGCGUUCGGGGUCUGGGACCGAGCAGGUCUACCUCAGUCUGACUUUAUCGGGUUGUGAUCUAAUUGACGUUAGCAUUCUCUGUGGAUAUGUUCACCUACAGAAGUUGGAUCUCUCAGUAAAUAAAAUUGAAGAUUUGUCUUGCGUGAGCUCUAUGCCUUAUCUUCUAGAACUUAAUGCUUCUCAAAAUAAACUGACUACAUUCUUCCAUUUCAAGCCACCCCAAAAUCUCAAGAAGGUGGAUUUUUCCUGCAACCAAAUUUCUAAAAUGUGUGAUUUGUCGUCAUACAAGGCUCUCACUAAACUAAUUUUGGACAGCAACGAGAUAAAAGAAAUCUGUGGAUUAGAGCUGUGCAGCAAUCUAACUCACCUUAGUUUGGCCAAAAACAAGAUCACAACGAUUUGCAGCUUAGGCACGUUACCAAUCAAAAUUCUCUGUCUGAGCCAUAACCAGAUUGGGAGGAUCACAGGUUUGGAUGACCUGAAAGCUCUGCAGAUGGUGGAUCUGUCCCAUAAUCAGAUCAGUAGCCUCCAAGGCUUAGAGAAUCAUGACUUCUUGGAAGAGAUCAACCUAGAGGACAAUAAGAUUUCUGAGCUGGGUGAAAUAGAAUACCUUGAAAAUCUACGUCUCCUUCGAGUUCUCAAUCUUCUAAGAAAUCCAGUUCAGGAAAAAUCUGAAUAUUGGUUGUUCGUCAUUUUUAUGCUACUGCAAUUAACAGAAUUAGAUCAGAAGAAGAUUACAGUGGAAGAAAAGGUCGCCGCAGUGAAUAGAUACAACCCUCCCCCGGAAGUGGUCGCAGCCCAAGAUCACAUGACCCAUGUCGUCAACAGCGUGAUGCAACCACAGAGGAUCUUUGACAGCACUCUUCCUAGUCUGGAUGCUCCUUAUCCCAUGUUGGUAUUAGCUGGUCCUCAAGCUUGUGGUAAACGCGAACUCGCCCACCGCCUCUGCAGGCAGUUUAGCACUUACUUCAGAUACGGGGCCUGUCACACCACGAGACCCCCUUACUUUGGAGAAGGGGAUCGAGUUGAUUAUCAUUUUAUCUCCGAAGAAGUGUUUAAUGAAAUGGUAAACAUGGGGAAAUUCAUUCUAACAUUUAAUUAUGGUAAUCACAGUUAUGGAUUAAAUAGGGACACCAUAGAAGGCAUCGCAAGAGAUGGUUUAGCAAGCUGUGUUCAUAUGGAAAUAGAAGGUGUAAGGAGUUUGAAAAAUUCCUAUUUUGAGCCUCGAUACAUCCUGGUAGUACCCAUGAACAAGAAAAAAUACGAGGGAUACUUGCGGAGAAAAGGAUUAUUCAGUCGUGCAGAGAUUGAAUUUGCUGUCUCCACAGUGGACCUUUAUGUUGACAUUAAUCAAACAUUUCCAGGAUAUUUUGACGCAGUAAUCAAUGCAGAUGACCUGGAUACCGCCUACCAACAGAUGAGUCAGCUCGUUAGAGAAUACCUGGGAUUAUCCAAGGAAACCGCUCAGAGUUUGGCUCCAACUGCAGCAGGAGCUCCCUCUAACAAGAAGACUCCCUCAGGGAUACCAGCACACCUGGUUCCUUCCCUAAGGCGCCUGGCAAAACUGCAAGCAGAUGGCCAGACAGCAGAGAAUCUCUCUGGAAUGCAGGUUCAUGCAAAGGUCCCUGAAAAGCAGAACGUAGCUCCCUCCCAAAACCAGGCGCUGACUCGGGAGGGAGCAACCUAUCAAAAAGAGCUUUCUCCCCAGGCUCACGUCGGUGCUGAGCCUCCUCUGCAGCCCAGCCCAUCGGCACUUGGUCUUCCCCAGCAGGCCCAAGACUUAUCCCCAAACCAGAAGGACGGGGAUGUUCAACAAUCAGAUCUUCCUUCGAAAAUAGUAACCACAAAUCUCCCUGAAAAUGAGGCUCAGACGUCCGAGGUAAAAGCGGGUGAAGUAGGGCUGUCUACCUCCACCUCUUCCCGGGGACCUCCUCACGCUGACCCACCUCCAGCCCCCUGCCCUCAGCCAGAUCAAGAUGAAGAAUCGGAUGAGGCCACGGUACCUUCCACUGGUCCUCCCCCAUCUGAACCUCCACAGGCACCUGACCCAGUCUCCCUCAGCCCCCAGAGAACCCAGGAUGAGGAACCUGAGUCAGCCAGUCUGCCACUCCACCAUUCCCAUCAGGAUCCCCCAAGACAGCCUUCCCAACCGGAUGGGGCCAAGAUGCUUGGGCCAUCUCUGGAAGAUUCUCAACAACCUCUAGAGGACGGAGCCCCCGAAGCAGAAGUUGUCCGGGUCCACACUCCUUUCCCAGGAGUGUCACAUCCCCAGGACCCAAGAAAUACCGAACAGACCCAGGACGGGGAAGACCCAGUGACUUUGCUUUCCAGAAGCCAGCUGGCUCCCACAAGGCUGCCCCAGCCUCGGGUCCUCGCUCCCCUGCAGAGUCGGAGGCCCACACCCAGACUUCCCUCACUCAGCAGGGAAGAGGCUUCAGGAACAGCCUCAGGUCAAACCCUGAGGUCUCCCGGGCCUCCGCCAGCUCAGGAAGGAGACCCCGGUAAACUGCCUCCCAUCAGCCCUCCGCAUUCCAAACCGUCAGAGCGUCUGAGCCCCCAUGCAGGCCACAGUCCUCAGCAAGUCCAGGAAGAGAAAGUCCGGGACGUGAAGCUCCCUCUUCUCAGUCCCCCUGUCCAGGAGCACACAGCACAGCCCGCCCCCGAUCCGCCCCAGGAAGACGAGGUUCAGGGCGUUAGGCUCCCUCGCAUUCCCACUCCCUUUGGGGAACAGCCGCUGCCUCAAAACACGGGGGCUCGUCAUGAUUCAAGGCCUGCGAAGGAGAGGCGAGCGCCCAAAGUAGGCCACUCAUCCGGCAAGAAGAUUCCAGGUAUGCAGGCCUCACCCCAAAACCAAGAGCCAGUGCAGCAGAUGGGAGCUAGGAAAAAAAAACUCCCUACCCAAAGAGAGACAGCUAAAGGACCGGCACACCUGACGAAAGUUCCGCCUGGAGGCCCCCAGCCCGCCCUGCAGCCAGAAUCCCAGAGUAGGCCGACUCGCCCAAAGGUGUCCAUGCACCCUCGCCCCAGCCCUCCUCGGAGUCCUCAGAGGAACCAGAGAAGCAAAGUCCAUCCCCCAGAAAUUCCCGAGCCAGCCCACAGUGAACCAUUGCCUAGAGAUUCCCACAUGCAGGAAGAGGAAAGGGGAAGAGUACAUUAUUCCAGAAAAGAGGCCCAUGCCAAGCUCCCCGCAGAUGACCCGGUCCAAAAGGUAGCAGUAUCCCAAAAAGGACCUUCAUUGAAGAGAGAGAAUUCUGGGGGAUUAUUUCAAGAAAAUAAAACUACCCUCAGCGGUGACCAGCCAACUCCAGAGGGUCAAGUUUCACACAGGGGACCUCUCCAGAACGAAAAGGCCUCUGCAGAGUCCAGCUCGGGGAUUUCUGCUCCCAGGGAGCAUCCGAGGAGAGAGGAAGGAGCUCCUAAAAGGGGAAGGUCUCAGAAGAGACAGAUGGCUUCGGAUCUCCCAGAGCAGGAUGAUGUGGCCCCAACCCAGCCGCCUGCCAAAGAGACCAGUCAGACCAGAGAGAGCCCUGUCCAAGGGGACAAUGCUUCCAGGCGGCAAAGCAAAGAGAAACACCCCCGGAAACGUGGGGCAGCACCACAGGACAAAAGCCCGGCAGCACCCCAAAAUCAGGUGUCUGCUGAGGAGCAGGGCAGCUGGAAAGGAAAGCUGAGAGCAAGAGGCAGUCAGAGCACCAAGGUGUAA